AUGACCAGCGAAAACCCAUCCGCUGCGCAAAACCAGCCCCAGGCAGCUCAAUCCACACAGCAAAAAGCUGUGCCGGCGCAGCUUUCAUACGCCAGUAUCGCCAACAAACCAUCGGCCGCCCAGCAGUCGCAGAAUGCAAGCAAAGUAAAGACCAACGCCUCCGCCACGUCGUCGUCCAACAAACCAUCCAACAUGCAGAAUGGCGAACAUGGCAGAAAGCCCUCGGUCAUCAUUAGCGCCUCUGGCACCACUGGCCAGAUGCCCAACGGCGGUCCUCAGACGCAGAGCUCGAGGCCAAACAUCAACUUCGGCUCCAUGAAUGGCCCCACCGGCUCGCCCGCCAUUGCGACCAGCGUUCCUGCCCAGCAGACCACCCCCAAUCUCGCUGCCGCAAACCCCAACAUCAUCUCGCCCUCGCACUCGCCGUCGCCCAUUCCUCAGCCCGCCGCCAGUGGUGGCAAGCCUCCGGCCAAUCUCCCCGGCCAGAACAAUGCCCCCAACUUCGGCAGCUUCGGCGCCGAGAACGCUGAAGUCGGUCCAGACACGAUCAAAGUCCACGUAGCACCGCAGCUGACCCACGUCGUACAGAACUCCGCCGCUCCUCUGACUCCCUCCAGUCAGCCUCUCCACAUGCGCCGUCCUUCGCAGCAGUCACAACACAGCGACGCCGGUAUGCGCGCUAACUUCGUGCCCGGCAAUGGCCGUGGUCGCGGCGGUUUCACUCCCGGCAACUACAACCCACACUCGCCCGCCCAGAGCCAUCGCCCACUGCCUUACCAAGGUCGCGGUCCUCCCAACAUGCCACCCCAGGCUGCUCAAUUCCAGCCCGGCGCAAACCUGGCUGGCUCUCCUGGCGGUGCCUACCGUGGCAGAAACGGCAGUCCCGCUAUGAUGCACGCACAGCCUUUCAUGCCCCAGGGUAUGCAACACCAGCCUCAGAUGCACCCUUACCCUCAACAGCACCUCAACCCUCAGCAGCAAGCCUUGUAUGGCAUGCAGCCUCCUUACGACGCUUACGGCGGUUACUACCAGCCCUUCUAUCCUCAGGGCCAGUACCAGCAAGGCGCUCCUCCCAGCCCCCGUCCCAACAACCCCUACCCUGCCAGCUACGGUGGCCCUCCCGCUCACAUGAACGCCCCUUACCACAACCCCAUGUCUCGCAGCGGCUCCCAGAUCUCAGAGAGACCCAGCUCGAGCGUUGGUCAAUCUGCCGCUCCCGCCUCUGGUGCUCCCCAGCCUUCUCCCGCUCCUGGAACUCCCACUCCCACCGCCUCCAACUUCCAGAUUCCUACCAAGACUAAGAGCAAGGCUAUUGUGAUCAAGAACGACAAGGGUGAGGAGAUUUCUUUCGACAAGAAGCCAUCGCCCGCUCCUCAAUCGCCUGCCAUUGUCUCCUCCGCACCCACACCUCCUCCUCGCACUCCCAGCGUACAGCACAUCCGUACUGAGAGCAAGAGCACGAAGACUGAUGCUGAGACCAAGUCUGCAUUCCAAGAGCAAGUCAAGCGUCAGCUCGAGGCUCAGCGCGCCAAGGAAGAGGCUGAGAAGAAGGCCGUCCAGGACAAGGAAGAUGCCGAUAAGAAGGCUACCCAAGACAAGGACGAUGCUGAGAAGAAGGCUGCUCAAGACAAGGAGGACGCCGAGAAGAAAAUCGCUCAAGACAAGGCAGAUGCUGAGAAGAAGGCUGCUCAAGAAAAGGAGGAAGCCGAAGCCAAGGCCAAGAAAGAGCAAGAGGAGGCCGACUCCAAGGCUGCAAAGGACAAGGAAGAGGCCGACAAGAAGGCCGCCGAGGAGGCAACCGCUAAGGACGCUGCUGACAAGGCCCAGUCCGACGAGGAUGAGGCCGCCCGUCUCAAGCGUGAAGAAGACGAGCGCAUCGAGCGCGAGAUCGCCGAGAUGGAGGAGGCCGAGCGUCUUGAGGAUGAGCGUGAGCGCGCCUUCCAAGAGAAGAGAAACAAGGAGAAGGAGGCUCAGGCCGCAAAGGACAAGGAAGCCGCUGACAAGGCUGACGAGGAGAUGAAGCGUCUGGAGCGCGAGGCUGAAGAGCUCGAGCUCAAGAAGGAGAAGGAGCGCGAGGGCGAAGCUUCUGCUGAGAAGACCGACGAGCAGAAAGCCGAGGACGCAAAGCUCUUUGCUUCGCUCAAGAAGCCCACCCUUGGUCCUGGUGCUACCGAAGAGACUUCCGCACCCGCAGAAGCCGCAGAGGCCGCUCCCGCAAAGUCCAAGCCCGCCAACCUCAAGCUCGACACAACCAAGAACAUCGAGCCCGCACAACCCACUGCUGGUAUGCAGUCGCUCAAGUCUGCCCGUUUCCUCGAGAUCAAGAACGACCAGUUCAGCUACCCCGACGGCUUCAAGUCCCCCAACCCAGCACUCAACCAGACUGGCAAGCGUGUUGGCAAGGAGUAUGACAUGGACUUCUUGCUCCAAUUCCAGAGCGUCUUCAAGGAGAAGCCCACUGUUGACUGGGACCUCAGAGUCAAGGAGACCCUUGGUGAGGGCGACAGCUCCGGUCGCCAGAACAGCCGUGGUGGUGCCAGCAUGGGUGGCCGCCAACCCUCUAACAGAGGUCCUAGCCAGUUCAGCGCCAUGGGCGCCUUCGCCAGUGGCAACACCCGUACCCUCCCCGCCGGCACUACUUCUGCCGAUCGCUUCAACGCCUCCUCUGGAAGAGGUGGCCCUAUGGGCAUGGGACGUGGCGGUGCUUUCCCCGGCCAGGGCUCUCUCAGCCGUACCAACUCUCUUCAGACCAUGGCUGGCAUGGGUGGCCCUGGCUCGCCUAGAACUAAUACUUCGCGCAGAGGAGGUGGCAGCAAGCGUGGUAACCCCUCCCGUCACCACGACAGAGAGGAUGCCAACGCUGCCAAGAACAUGCCUCUCACUGCUGGUAUGGACCUCAAGCCCCUCGAGAAGUCCCAAAGUGGUUGGACUGCUCGCAGUAUUGGCGCACCUCCAUCCGCCUCUGCGGCACCUGUUGAUGGCCAGAUGCCUCCGGACAUGGUCCAGCGUAAGGUCAAGGCUGCUUUGAACAAGAUGACUCCCGAGAACUUUGAGAAGAUCUCAGAUCAGAUCAUCGAGAUUGCCAACCAAUCGAAGAAGGAGACUGACGGCCGCACAUUGCGCCAAGUCAUUCAGCUUACUUUCGAGAAGGCUUGUGACGAGGCUCACUGGGCUGGUACUUACGCUAAGUUCUGUUCUAAGAUGUUGACUAGCAUGAGCAACGAAAUUGUUGACGAGACAAUCCGCGACAGAAGCGGUCAGCCCGUUGUUGGUGGUGGUCUCUUCAGAAAGUACUUGCUUAAUCGCUGUCAAGAAGAGUUCGAGCGUGGUUGGGAGGCCAACCUUCCUCCCAUGCCCGAAGGCAAGGAGGCUACUCUUUUGUCCGACGAAUACUACAUUGCUGCCGCUGCCAAGAGAAAGGGUCUUGGUCUUAUCCAGUUCAUCGGUGAGCUUUACAAGCUCGGCAUGCUUACAGUCAAGAUUAUGCACCAGUGUGUUUUGAGAUUGUUGAACUUUGAGGGCCAGCCCGACGAGUCAGCCGUCGAGAAUUUGUCCAAGCUUCUCAAGGCUGUUGGUGCUACUAUGGACAGCACUGAGCAAGGACACCAGCUUGUCAACGUCUACUACGACCGCGUUGCAAGCAUUCUUGACCAACACAAGGACAUGCCCAGCAGAUCGAGAUUCAUGCUUAUGGACAUCAUCGAUCUCAGAAAGAACAACUGGAGAUCGAAGGACAACGACAAGGGUCCCAAGACCAUCGAGGAAAUUCACGCCGAGGCCGAGGCUGCACAGGCUGCUGCCGAAGUCGAGAGGCAGAGAAACAACAGCAACCGCGGUGGCCAUGGUCGUGCCCCCAUGGGCCGUGGUGAUGCUCGCUCCUUCUCUGGGCAUGGCGGUAUGCCCCCACCGGAUUACCCUCGCAACCAGGUCGGUAUGGACGAUCUGCGUCGCCUGCAAGCCCGUGGUUCGCAACGUCAAGCCAGUGCUGGUCUUGGUCCCCAACUCGGCCCCAGCUCGCUGUUUAGCAGCUCGCGCAGCGGUAGUGGUCGCAAGGGUCUUGGUCCUCCUAGAGAUGGCGAGGGCUCUGGUCCUACAUCAAGAGCAGGCACACCCUCGCAACAAAAGAAGGAGGAGACGACACACGUCAACGCUUUCAGUGCACUUGCCGCCCUUGAGAAUCAGGAAGACGUCGGUGCUGAUGAAGCAUCUCCCCCUUCCAACGCUGGAUCACCCUCAGUGUCAAAGGCCAUCCCUUCUAUUGAUGAGGCCGCAUCAUCCACAGACGCAUGA